AUGGGAAAAGAUGGCGACACUACCUCUUCUUCCGAAUAUCACCCAGCUUUAGGUGUUAAUAAUAUCAAGAAUUCGAUACUUCUUAUCCUUGAUCGUGAGAAGAUUUAUCGGAGGAUAUGUGGAAACGACUUGACUUUGUUGUCAAGAACUGGAUUUUUGGUACAAUAUCUGGAGACGAUUCUUUGUAAAGGGGAUACGGCUCAGCAAAUUUGGGACAAACUCAAGGCAAUUUUUCAAAAUAAUAAAACUACUAGAGCCGUUUAUCUUGAAAAUCAAUUCAACUCUUUGCAUCUCUCCAAUUCUUCGGACAUCUCUUCUUAUUGUCAUGAAUUGAAAAACUUGAAAGAUCAACUUGCCAAUGUUGAUCAAACCGUGUUGGAUCAGAAGAUGGUUAUUCGUUUGGUCUCAGGCUUGUAA